AUGCAAUCAGCUGCUGUGGCUCCCCGUAUUAAUGAGGUUCCAGUGCUUGAUUUUGCUCCUAGACCUGCUGUUGGUUUGAUUAUGACUCAUGAGGAGAAGUAUUUAUUUGAGAGUUUUACCAAAAUGAAGCCUCCUAGUUUUUAUGGUACCCUUGAGAAGGAUGAGUAUGAGUUCAUCAUUGAUUGUCAUGAGAGGCUUCAGAAGUUGGGUGUGACUCGAUUGUAUCAGAUAUUUCUGGAGAAGUGUGUUCCUCAGACAUUGAGGGACAAGAGGAGGGAUGAGUUCACCUCAUUAGAACAUAGAGGGUUAUUGAUCACGAAGUAUGAGUCUAGGUUUCAUGCCUUGGCUCGAUAUGCAGUGCAGUUACUCCACACUGUGCCAGAAAGAGAUUUAUUCCAAAAUGUGGUAGAUCAUGCCACAGAGGUUGAGUCACCAAGGAUUCAGGCUCAUAGUAGGGGUGACGAGAAGAGGAUUCACAGGACAGAAAAGACUUGCUAUGAGUGUGGUGACAGAGGGUAUUUCCCAAGAGAGUGUCCUAGACCUAGACAGGAAGGGGCUCAGGAGGGGUCUCAAUUUCAGGAACCCAGGCUUCAGAACUAUCGGUUAGUAGAGGUGGAUUUUUCGGUAGAGGUUCUUCACAACCUAGCAGAGGCGGCUAUCAACCUGAGAGAGGUGGUUAUUAGCCCAGCAGAGGCAUCUUUCAGUCAGCUAGGGGUGGAAUUCAUUCUGGCUAUGGUGGCCGUGAAGAAUAAAGAUGGUACCAUGCGGAUGUGUAUCGACUAUCGACGGUUGAACAAGGUUAUAAUCUGGAACAAGUAUAUGACACCCCGUAUAGAUAAUUGGUUUGAUCAUCUUCAAGCUGUGUUGGUCUUCUCUAUGAUCGAUUUGAGAUCGGGUUAUCACCAGCGGAAGAUUAGAGCGGAGGAUAUUCUGAAGACAGCUUUCAGGACCCGCUACGAUCACUAUGAGUUCUUGGUCAUGUCUUUGGGUCUUACUAAUUCCCCCGUAGCUUUCACGGAUUCGAUAAAUGGGAUUUUCAAGAGCUAUUUGGAUUCCAUUAUGAUUGUCUUAAUCGAUGACAUUUUAGUCUAUUCUCUUAGCAAGGAGUAUCAUGAGAAGCAUUUGAAGAUAGUACUUGGUUUGUUGAAAGAGAAGAAGUUGUAUACUAUAUUUUCAAAGUGCGAGUUUUGGCUUAGGUCAGUGACAUUCUUGGGGAAUGUAGUCUCGAAGUAG